GCCCAGUGCAGGGCCAUAGAGGGGAGCGGAUGUGAGCCCAUGCUCUCUGCAGUGGAAACCACACGUCUGGCUAGAGACCCGUCAGAGCCCAGGAGAGACUGGUGCCCCAGCUCACCAUGCCAGCAGCCAAGAGCCAGGAUGUGAAGUUGUGGCAGAAAGUGUUUCAGGAAUUAAUUCACGAGGUGAAACCAUGGCACCAAUGGACCCUGACACUAGACAACAGCCUCAUUCCCAACACCCUGCAACCAGGGUGGGCACAAUACCAGCAGUGGGUCUUUGCCAGGUUCACGUGCUCCUGGUGCUCUCGCAGUUGGGCCUCUGCCCACGUUGAAGUCCUUUGCCACAUGCACUGGAAUAAGAGGGAAUCCACGGGCCAGGUGAAGAUGAGGGUCUUUGCCCAGAGAUGCCGGAAGUGCUCGGACCCUCCAUUUGAGGUUCCAGAAUUCACGGAGGAGAACGUCUCAAGGAUCCUGAAUAACCUGGUGUUCCGGAUUCUGAAGAAAUGCUAUGGAGAAGGAUUUCAGUCAAUGGAGGAGAUUCCUACAAUCAAGGAUAUCUCUCUUAAAGGGCCACAUGACACUAAGAAUUGUGAGGCGUGUCUCCAGGGCUUUUGUGCUCAGUGUGAGUUAGAUCUAGACGAACCAUCACCAACUUCCCCUUCACUUCCCACAAUAAGCACACCUACCUUUGGGGUUCCCAUCUAUAAACCUUCUUUCACAAGGAGUAGCACCUAUGCGGAGGCAGUGACAGGGGACACCGAGGUGAAGAAAGAAGAGGUAGUGCCCAACCCCUGGUUUCCUGAGCCCCCACGGGCUAAGAGUCCCAGAGCAAGCACCAACUACCAGGAAGAGAGUAUAGUCGAGGUCUCCGCCCCAAGGGAGGAUUUGCAUUCCCACAGCGCCCAGAAUCGCAGGCACUGCAAUUUCAGAAUUUGCUGCUGUUCAGUCAUUCUAAUCCUCAUCAUUGUCGUGGUGGUGGUGGCGGUGAUUGCUGCUAAAAUCACUAUAUGA